AUGGAGCAAGGAAAGAGAAUUUUAUUUUUAAUUCUUUACUCCAUCAGUUGCUUUUAUGGUCUUCGUUUCAUUCUUACCGUAGAUUUGAAUGACAUCUUUCCUCUUUCUUCUCUUCUGUUAUUAGGGAAAUUUGUUGUAAAACAAUAAAAACUACGCAUAGGUUUGUCAAAUAUUGUGGAGUAAAAAGGGAAAAUAUUUUAUUGGGUUCUAGUUCAAUACACACAUACACACGCGCUUUCGAUCUUGAA